AUGAUUAAUGAUAAUUCUGCUGAACUAGAUAUUGAAGUCAUUGAAGAAGAGAAUGAUUCUAUAACACUUGACUUCGAAAAAACAGUAACAUCAAAAGAAACGUCAAGUCCUAUCUCCAAAUUGUCUUCCAAUAUCGAAAAAAAUUCAUUGAAUACCUCGUCUAAAUCAAAAAGAUAUUGCAAAUUCAACACAGAUUGGAUAAAAAUUUCGAAAUAUGUAUCAUUUCUACAAGAAUGUCGAACAGAUUCAUCACUUGCACAUUGCUCUGUGUGUAAAUCGAACUUUUCAAUUGCUAAUGGUGGAAAGUACUUAAUCGAUCGUCAUCUCGAACAAACAAAUCAUAAACGUCUAGCAGAAGCAGAAGCUAAACACAAAUCACAUUCAAUGUUCGAUUUUAUUCCUCCUUCGAGUGAAUUAACCAAGUUGAUUGCUGCUGAAAUUACAUUAGUUUAUCAUGGAAUACGACAUGGACACAGUUAUUCAAGUCAAGCAUGUACUGCCGAUGUUUCGAAAAAGUUGUUUCAAGAUUCAACUAUUGGAAAAAACCUCACGUGUGGACGAACUAAAGCUCGUGAUAUUGCAGUUAAUGCAUUAGCUCCAUUUAUAUCCGCUCAAAUUACAGAAAAGAUUAACAAAGUCGGUUAUUAUUCUUUAUCAUUUGAUGCAUCAAACAAAGGUCACAAGAAAAUGUUUCCAGUUCUUGCUAAUUAUUUCACCAUUGAACGCGGUAUUGAACGAUCAGUAAUUGAAGUCAUUGAACUAAUUAAUGAAACAGCUGAUCAUGUUACUGCUUCUCUUCGAGAAAUAUUGCAAAUGAAUAAUCUUGAUAUUCAAAAUAUGACAUCUAUUGGUGCUGAUAACACAAAUGUCAAUUAUGGACGUAAUCAUUCGGUUUUUACUUUGUUGAAAUGUGAUAUUUCACAUCUAAAGAAAGGAAAUUGUUUUUCACAUGUUCUAAACAAUUCAGUUAAAAUUUCACAUGUACACUUGGUCAUUGAUGUUGAAUCGAUUUUGUCAAAGCUCUACGGUCACUUUUCUUCAUCAACAAAACGAGUAGAAAAUCUAAAAGAGUAUUUCGAUUUUGUCAGUCAAGAUCAUUUGUUACUAUUAAAACACAUCAAUAUUCGUUGGCUCAGUUUAUAUCCAUCUAUUGAACGAUUACUCAAGGUGUUUGAGCCAUUAUGUGCUUAUUUUCUUGGUUUAGGUGACGAAGAUGACUUUCCAUGUCCGCCUAUAAUUUCGAUGUUUUUUACUUCUACGUCAGCGAAAUGUACAAUGUAUUUUCUGCACAAUGUUUUAUUUGAUGUACAGAAAAAAAGCUUGGAAUUGCAACGGCAUUACAUUUCUAUUGCCGAUUUGAGUAGAAUUAUUACUAGUCUUCUUAGUAAACUUAAUGAUCGAUUAAAACAAAAUUAUUUUGGUUAUCAAACGAAAGUUCUAUUGAAUUCAUUGUCCGAUUCGGAUCGAACAAAAUUGAAUCAAUCGUUUAUUGAUUAUAUAUCUAGUGUGAUUCAAUAUAUCGAGAAAUAUUAUGAUGGACAAUCUGAACUGGCUGAAUUAACUGCUGUUUUUGGAAUAUGCGACAUUGAUCAAAUCAAAUUUCACCAGAUUCACGACUGUGUUACAUUUCUCAUGUUAGAUGUUGAUCACGACAAAUUAUUUGAUGAAUUGAACACUUUACAAUCUUUAUUCAAAGAAGUAACUGCAUAUCGUGAACCAUUAUGUGAACAAAUUCGAAAAUAUAUUGGUGAUGGUGUUUGUGAUUCUGCUGGAAACAUAACCGGUGAUCAAGAUGAUGAAUCAGACGAUGAAGAACUUUUUCAUAAAUCAACAAUUCAAAUUCAUGAAAAAGAAAACCAAAUUCGACCUGAUCAACUAUGGUGCUAUCUUCUAUCUAAAUCGACAUCGUUAUGCAGCGAAAUGAUGAAAGUUCUUGCUUAUGUUUAUUCGAUUCCUUGUUCUAAUGCAUUUGCUGAAGGUGUUUUCAGCCAUAUGAAGCAUGUAUGGACACCAAGUCGAAACUCGAUGUCAAAUGAAACAGUAGCUGCUGAAUUAAAGAUUCGAGUAAAUAGUAAGAUGAAAUGCAAAGAUUUUUAUUCUUUUGCACAAUCUCAACCAGAAUUGAUAAAAUCUGCUAAAAGUAAGCAGAAAUACAGUUAUGUAAAAAAACGUGUAUCAGCUAAUGCAAACAGAGAGAAUUUACUUUAA